AUGAAAAUACUAUAUUUAUUGGUAAUUAUAUCUUUUUUUAAUUUAAUUAAGGCUGGAUUUAAUGUUUCUGUUGAAGGAAAGAAAUUAGUAUAUGUUGGAAGUAAAGUUGAUAAAUUCUUAACAAAUAUUAUAUUGACAGAUAAGAGUUGUCCAACUGUAAAAAUAUUGUUUACAUGUACUAGAAAGGGUAAAGAUGGUUGUAUUUGUAAAUCAAAAGAUUUAGAUUUUACAAAAUUAAUUGGUUCAACUCUUACAUUCAAUGGGAAAUAUAUGGAUGGAAAAGAUAAAACAACUGAGCAUCCAAUGAUUGGUUUGCCAAUACCUCCGCCAAGAGAUUUGAAAUUUACACCAUCAACUGAACCUGGGUUAUCAUUGGUAACUGGUAAUUUUUUGAGAUUUGGGUAUGAUGUAAAAACUUUAAAUGUAAUUAUUGGUGGUAAAACCAAAAAAUUAAAUUUAGAUCCACCAAUUCCAAAAGAUGCAACUAAAUUUAAUGUUAAAAACUUGGGUGGAUCUGGUUCAUUCAGUGUUCAAUUGGGAACUUCAACCUUCAAAUUAAAUUUUGCUGCCCCGUCUAUCCAUAAAAUUGAAUCAUCAUCAAAUGGUCAAUUUAAAAUAAGUGGUUCUAAUUUUUACACUGAUAAAAGAUUAAUAAAGAUUGAGUUGGGAAGUCAAGUAUUAACAGCUUCAUCAAUUGUAUCAGUUAAUAAUGAUUUAAUUGUAUUUAAUUAUGAACCAAAAUUAACCCAAUCCUUAUCUGUUAAAGUUGAUGUGAAUGGUUUAUCUUCAUCUCUUUCUCAACUAAAGUUUACUCCUUUACCUUUAUCAAUAAAUUCCGUUCCAGUGAUUGGUGGUGUUGUAACAAUAACUGGUAAAUGCUUAAAGGGUGCAUCAGGUGAUACAUCAAAAACCUCUAUUACCAUUGGAUCUUAUCAUUGUGAUAUUAUUAGCCAAAUUUCAAGUGAAAUUAUUUGUAAAUUACCACACUCUACUGCAAAAGGUGGAAUAAAAAAAUUGAAGGUUUCAAUUAAUAUUGAUAAUAUUUCCAAUUCCAAUGUUUUAGAAUAUUCCUAUGGUAUUCCAAAAAUUUUAAAUAUUAAGCAAACUGGUACUAACUUUACAAUUGAAGGAACAAGUCUUGGUACGAUGGGUACUUCAAAAAUUAUUAUCACUGAUCAAAAAAAUCAAGAAAACACCAUUAGUCCAACUGAUGAUGAUAAUGCUCAGAAUGUUUUGGUAUUUACCCUACCUUCAAAAAUUUUCAGUGGCAGUUUUGUUGUUUCUAAUAAUAAAGAUAUUUCAAAUAAACUUGAUUUUACCACAACUCCAGUUUUAACUGAACCAUUAACACUUGCCCCAACGGAAGGUGGACCAUUUGAAAUAUCUGGAUUUUAUUUGAAUCCAUCAGGUGUUAAACCAAGUAUUCAAAUUGAAAAUACAGGUAAAACCAAUCCAAUUGAAUGUACAGAUGUAAUUAUUGAUGUUUCAAAACUUUCAUGUACUCUUUCUUCUGGUACUGGUAAUAAAAUGGUUGCCGUUGUAACUUUUGGUACUCAUAAACCAUAUAGAAUUGCUUUUAGUUAUCAACCACCAUUUGAACUUGAACCAACCCAAAAAGAAAAUAUUUUAGAGAUUAAGGGUAGAAACCUUGGUUCUGAUGCAUCACUUGUGGAAUUAACUUUAAACAAUGGCGCUAUUAAAGCAGAUUCACUUGAAAAUGGUGUAGCAUCAUUCACACUUCCAGAAACAGCUAAAUUUGAUAACAAUGCCAUUAUUGUUGUUGAUGGUUUAUCUAGUGAUUCUAAUGGUUUCAAAAUUUCAAUUCUUCCAAUUUGCAAAUCAAUCUCUUCUAUAAAUACAGAUGGCGGUAGUGUUUCAAUUGUUGGUUCUUUCUUUGAUAGUAAAUCAACAAUUACUAUAAUGGUUGGUGAAAAGUCAUGUGACUCUGUUUCUAUAUCCAGUCCAACAACAUUAGAAUGUAUGGCACCAAAAGGUAGUGGAAAAAAUAAUCUAGUUAUAUUAAUUGUAGACGAUGUACAACUCCCAUCUCCAUUAACCCUUUCAUACAAUCCACCAACUAUUUUAUCCACUACAAAAGUUGACCAAAUUAAAGGUGGUAAUGUUACAAUAACUGGAACCAAUUUUGCAGAGAAUGAAUUAAACAGUAUUACAAUUGAUUCUAGAAACUGUGGUGAUAUAGUUGUUUUCGAUUCUAAUAAACUUGAAUGUUUUUUAGAACCAUUAAUUGUAACAAAUGAUACCAUUACAAGUGAUAAACCAAAGUCAUUCAUAAACGUAACUAUAAAUGGCCAAUCUGUUGGUGAUACAAUUUUUGAAUGGAGUCCACCAGAAACUGAAACACCGUUUGAAACAAUUUCUCCAUCACCAUCUUUGUCUGCAUCUUUAUCACCAUCUUUAUCUCCAUCUUUAUCACCAUCUUUAUCUCCAUCUUUAUCUCCAUCUUUGUCUCCAUUUAUUUCUAAAUCUCCAUCUCCCUCUGUAAAUCCAAAAUCAACAACUCCAAUUCCAAAUGGUAAUAAUAAAACCAAUACCAAUAAUAAUAAUCAUUCCGAAAAUGAUGAAAAUAAUCACUCUAAUAAUUUUAAAUUUUGCCAAUUAUUUUCUCUUGUUUUAUUUUUAAUUUUAAUUAUUUUGUUUGUUUAA